AUGAGGGACGUAGUGCAGACCGAGGAACUUGACGUACCGGAGGGAGUCACCGUCGACAUCAAGUCGCGUCUCAUCACCGUCACUGGCCCCCGCGGUACUCUCAAGAAGGACGUCCGCCAUGUACAGAUGGACAUCCAGGUCGUAAAGGGCAAAACCGGCAAGAUUACCCUUGCUGUAUGGCAGGGCGGUAGAAAACACAAUGCAUGCCUUCGUACAAUCCGGUCACUCAUCAACAACCUCAUAAUUGGCGUGACGAAGGGCUUCCAAUACAAAAUGCGUGCCGUUUAUGCCCAUUUUCCUAUCAACUGCAUUAUCCAGGACAAUGGCUCUGCUCUUGAGAUCCGAAACUUCUUGGGAGAGAAGACGGUCCGAAAUGUCAAGAUGCUUGCCGGUGUAACUGUCGCAGAAUCAAAAGCCCAGAAGGAUGAGCUUAUUCUUGAGGGUACCGACAUCCAGAACGUCUCCCAAUCCGCUGCGUCCAUCCAGGGUAUCUGCAGGGUGCGCAACAAGGAUAUCCGUAAAUUCCUUGACGGUAUCUACGUGUCAGAGCGGGGGACCAUUGAGACGGAAUAA